UCAUAUCGGUCAUGUUUGAGUUGUGCCACAAGUCAGGGGAAAAGUGAAGAAAAAAGAGCACCCUAACCGCUGCUAUAUUUUUGAAAAAUCUGAAUCUAAUCUCCUACUAAUACUAUAUUGUGCUUUCGCCAUUAGAGAAACUAUCAAGCAAGAAUAAGCUUAUUAUACUCCACCCCUCCUAUAAAACCCUUAAAAACCCUACUCUCCUCCCUUAAACCAAAAUGUUCUCUCCCGGAACAAAGAGAUCAAAUUUGAAUGCUCGCAAGAGUGGCCGGGAAAAACCUACUACUGGCUCACCGGUGACGCCCUUCAUCGAGAAUAGAAGGCCGCUUGAUGAUAAUUCUCCUAUACCUAAUCGCCCUAGUACUGGUACUCCUGCUCCCUGGGCUUCCCGUCUUUCUGUUCUCGCCAGAAUCCCGCCUGCAAAGAAGAGUGAUAAAGGAGAAGAGACUGAUCCAAUACAACCUGUCUAUGUUGGAGAGUUCCCCCAAGUCCUACGUGAUGAACAGGCCAUUUUGCUUCAGAAACAUGCUCCUGGUAAUGCGUUCAUCUCUGGGGGAAUGGAUAAGGAAACUUCCCUGGCGUGGGUUAUAUGUGGCAACAAACUCUUUGUCUGGAGUUACUUAUCACCAGCAGCUUCUAGGAACUGCAUUGUUCUUGAUCUUCCUUCGACAAUGUCUGAAUAUGAAGAUACUGGAAAAUCUUCUAAUGAUUGGUUAGUUUGUCUCAUCAAUUGGGAUAGGAAUACCAAUAAAGUUUCUCCACAGUGCAGUUCUGCUGGUAUUGUGGCCUGUAAUCGGAAAACUCGAAAUCUCAUAUACUGGCCAGAUAUCUACUCUGCAACUCGGAAUGAACCAGUAGUAAGUUUCCCUGAGGAUUCUGAGGUGAGUUGUUCUUCUUCUGAUGUGAAGGGCACCCCAACCAAGUUGCGGCCGCAGAAUAAACCUGGGAGCAGUGUUACUCGUUCAAAUUCUCUCAACUGUUUGAUUGCUUGUGCCGUCCUUGAGACUCAUCACAGUCAUGCCUCCAUUGCUCUUGUUUGUAGUUCUAAUGGCGAACUUUGGCAAUUUGUCUGUAGCCCCAGUGGUAUUCAGCGCAGAAAGAUGUAUGAGGACAUGUUAAGUAAGAACUCUCAAGGAAGUGAUGGUGGGCACUUCUUUGGAGGCAGGGGUUACCCUAGGUCACUGGUUUGGCAGUCUCGUUCCCUUUCUUUGGAAAAGUCCAACAGACAGUUUCUUUUAUUGACAGAUCAUGAAAUACAAUGUUUUGCUAUUGAACUUUCUCCCUCUUUCAAUGUUUCUAAGAUCUGGACUCAUGAAAUUGUUGGCACUGAUGGUGAUAUGGGUAUCCAGAAGGAUUUGGCUGGGCAGAAGCGAAUUUGGCCUCUGGAUUUACAGAUUGAUAAUGAAGGCAAAGUUAUUACUAUUCUCAUCGCAAUUUUUUGCAAGGAUCGGAUCACCAGUUCAAGCUACACUGAGUAUUCACUUCUAACCAUGCAAUAUAAAUCUGGGGUGAAUGUCUCCUCAAAAUGUGUGCAGCCACAUGAAAGGAUUUUAGAGAAAAAGGCUCCUAUCCAAGUGAUAAUUCCUAAAGCUAGACUUGAGGAUGAAGAGUUUUUAUUCUCUAUGAGAUUGAAGGUUGGGGGUAAGCCAGCCGGUUCAGUGAUCAUACUUUCUGGUGAUGGCACUGCAACUGUCUCACAUUACUGGAGAAAUUCUACCCGGCUUUAUCAAUUUGAUCUACCAUAUGAUGCUGGAAGGGUUCUUGAUGCAUCAGUUUUCCCUUCAGAUGAUGGCGAGGAUGGCGCUUGGGCUGUACUAACUGAAAAAGCUGGAGUUUGGGCUAUACCUGAGAGGGCAGUUUUACUUGGUGGAGUUGAACCACCAGAGAGAAGUUUGUCACGUAAAGGAAGCUCUAACGAGAGGUCAUCUCUGGAAGAGAGGAAAAAUCUAUCUUUUGCAGGUAAUAUUGCUCCAAGAAGGGCGACAUCAGAAGCAUGGGAUGCUGGAGAUAAGCAAAGGCCUGGUCUAACUGGAAUUGCACGUCGAAAUGCUCAAGAUGAAGAAUCUGAAGCUUUACUAAAUCAGCUUUUCCAUGAUUUUCUUUUAUCUGGGCAUGCGGAUGGUGUUUUCGAUAAACUGAAGACGUCAGGGGCAUUUGAAAGAGAGGGCGAAACAAAUGUUUUUGCAAGGACAAGCAAAUCAAUCGUGGAUACCCUUGCAAAACAUUGGACAACCACUAGAGGUGCUGAGAUUGUGACUUCAUCUGUCGUGUCCUCACAACUUUUGGAGAAGCAGGAGAAGCAUAAAAGGUUCCUUCAAUUCCUGGCUUUAACAAAGUGCCAUGAAGAACUAUGUUCUAGACAGAGGUAUGCUUUGCAUAUUAUCAUGGAACAUGGUGAAAAGCUUGCUGGCAUGAUCCAAUUGAGGGAGUUGCAGAACGUGCUCAAUCAGAACCGUUCCUCAGGAGCUGGCUCUUAUUCAACUACUGAGAUAUCAGCUUCUGGUUCCCUGUGGGAUGUCAUCCAAUUGGUAGGCGAAAGAGCUCGCCGAAGAACAGUCCUUUUGAUGGAUAGGGAUAAUGCUGAAGUUUUCUACAGUAAGGUCUCAGAUCUUGAUGAGUUUUUUUAUUGCUUAGAGAGAGACCUCGAUUACAUUAUCAGUGAAAAGAUGACUGUGUCUGUUCUAUUCCAAAGAGCAUGUGAACUAUCCGGUGCCUGUGUGACUUUGCUUCGCACAGCCAUGACUUGCAGAAAUGAAAAUCACCUUUGGUAUCCUCCGUCAGAGGGCUUGACACCAUGGACUUGUCAAGAAAAGGUGCGGAAUGGGCUCUGGAGCCUUGCAUAUUUUAUGCUUCAACUGGUGAAGGGAAAUAAUUCCCUGGAUGAUACCAUAAAAUUAGAUUUUCAUUCACACCUUGAAGUGCUAUCUGAUGUACUAUUGGAAGCAUAUUCUGGCGCCAUCUGUGCGAAAGUUGAGCGUGGAGAAGGACACAAAAGUCUGUUAGAUGAGUACUGUAAUAGAAGAGAUGCACUGUUGGAGUGUCUUUACCAGCAAGUGAAAGAUUUAUUUGAAGGCAAACUGCAGGAUUUGGGUGAAGCAGCUGAGGAGCAAAAGUUAGAGAUUUUUGGAAAGCUUUCCUCAGGCUUGUUGUCUAUUGCAAAAAGACACGAAGGUUACAAAACUCUAUGGAGUAUAUGCUGUGAUCUCAAUAAUACUGAACUACUUAAAAAUCUUAUGCAUGACAGCAUGGGACCUAAACGAGGCUUUAGUUACUUUGUGUUUCAACAACUGUAUGACAACAAACAGUUCUCUAAGCUUAUGAGACUUGGGGAAGAGUUUCAGGAAGAGCUAGCAAUAUUUUUGAAACAGCAUCAGGAUCUCCUUUGGCUUCAUGAAAUAUUCCUUCAUCAAUUUUCUGAAGCUUCUGAAACUCUACAUGUUUUGUCUCUUUCACGAAAUGAUAGCUCCGCUAUGGAUACUGAAACCGACUCAUUUGGCAUCACCAGAGAAACAAGUUUAGUGGAAAGAAGGCGGUUUCUGAAUCUCUCGAAAGUAGCUGCAUUGGCAGGAAGAAGUGCUAAUUUUGAAACAAAGGUGAAGCGCAUCGAGGCUGAUUUAAAGAUUCUGAACUUGCAGGAAGAAAUAAUGAAACUCCUUCCGGACGAUGAAAGGCAAAAUAUUAGCCAGCGUCUUCUUCCUCCGGUGGACCUUAUUGAAUUGUGCCUUAAAACUCAGGAUAGGGAGCUUUCAUUGAGAGUUUUUGACAUUUUUGCUUGGACCAGCUCCUCUUUUAUCAAGUCUAAUGCAAGCCUCUUGGAGGACUGCUGGAGAAAUGCCUCCAAUCAGGACGACUGGGAGAGGCUGUAUCAAGCAUCAGUUGAUGAGGGGUGGGGUGAUGAGGAGACUUUGAGCAUUCUAAAAGACACCAUUCUUUUCCAGGCUUCCAGCAGGUGCUAUGGCCUCAAAGCUGAAACUUUUGAGGGCAAUUUCCAGGAAGUGCUGCCACUGAGGCUAGAAAAUUCCGAGCAAGUGACUUUAAAGAACAUGGGAUCCUCCGUGGAAACAAUUUUGAUGCAGCACAAGGAUUAUCCUGAUGCCGGCAAGUUAAUGCUCACAACAGUUAUGCUAGGAAGUGUUCAUUCCGAUGCUAUUAGUAUUGUGGAAGAGGGGGAACCUACCCCAAUGGAGUAAUUGUCCUAGUAUUCUGAAUGAUUGGGGGACAUUUGAACUAACCCUACAGAUUUAAGAGCUGGUUGCGCAGCUUGAUCUGCAGUUUUAAGAGCUCUAAGUCACCAAGCAGGGGAGAUUUCACCGUGUUUUGCUUUCAUUCAGGUAUACCGCGUGUUAUCACAAAUCCAGGGUAUUUUGGCUUGAUGACCACAAGUCACAACUAUUAGUCAGGCACAUGAGUUUCAGAGGGGUAUUCUGAUUCUUUCAAAAGAAAACAGUGCAUUUCGUGUAGAUUGUGUCUUGUUUGUACAUUGUUACAGCAAAGGAAUGAAUUUCUUGAAAUAGAAAAAGGGUUAUUCACACUUGA